AUUCUUGCUUUAAAAAUACAAACCCCACACUAAUAUUCCUCAAAGAACCCAUCUUCAACCUUUCUCUCUCCUCCUAGCAGCCUCCAUUGUCAACAAUUUUGCUGGAAAUCUGUAUGUAUAGCAAACUUCUUUCUAUCUUUGUAUUUAUGGUUAAAGUUUCAAUCUUUUUAGUAGCAUGAAUUUAUGGUUGAGUUUAUAGUGAUUUAAAGCUUCAAUCUUUCAGCUUAAUCUCCUUCCCAAUUAGCUUAAUCUCUAGUUAACCCUGGUUAGUUUGAGGAUUAGUUGAAUGUUAGAAAGUGUAGAAGAUGAAGGAUAUGUUUCAAAAUCAAAACCCAGUAUAUGGGAGAUCUAUUCUGAUUAUGAUUCACCAAAAACUCUAGCACAUAAUAUAAUCCGGUCUACCGCCUUUUCGUCUCCACCAAUGAAAAGGUCGGUGAGACCAGUGUUUAGUUUGCUGUUGGUGAUUGUUGUUGCUGCAACUUUUGGUUGCCGGGUUGCGAUUAGAAAUGGGUUUGGAUCUAUUUAUAGUGAGGGUGAUUAUUCAAUUGGUAAAGUUGUCCCACUCCCACCCUUGGAUUUGCCUGUUUUUAACUCCACAUUGAUUAGAUUAGCUGAAGUUGAUGUGGGUGAGGCUCAAUUGAAAAAGGAGGUUGAGCAAUUGAUGGAGGGUGGUUAUGGAAGUGUUGCUCGUCUUCGGACUUUUGCCACGUGGCGGAGGUUCUUUAGUAGUGGUGGUAUACGAGCUAGAACAUCAAGGGGGAUGCCGGUGAGUCCUCGGUCACCGGAGUUUUCAAAGGUUUGGUCAAAGUUUAGGAGGUGUUUGGGUGAUUGGUUUAGGAAGAAUAGGUUUCAACCUGGUGUAAUGGAGGAGUUGGUUGAGCUUGUGAAAGUCCCUAUUGAUAAGCAUAAUGGAUUGUUUGUAGAUGCUAAAAAGAAGAGGAAGUAUUCAUCUUGUGCUGUGGUGGGAAAUAGUGGAAUUUUAUUAGGUAAAGAGUAUGGGAAUUUGAUUGAUAGCCAUGAAGGUGUGAUUCGGUUGAACAAUGCUAGGAUUGAAACCUAUCAAAAGAAUGUGGGUUCGAAAACAAGUUUAUCGUUCGUAAAUAGUAACAUUUUACAUCUUUGUGCAAGAAGGGAUGAUUGUUAUUGCCACCCAUAUGGGACUAAUACACCCAUUGUUAUGUACAUGUGCCAACCCGCCCAAUUCCUAGACUAUGUAGUGUGCAACUCGUCUCAUAAACCACCCUUGAUUGUGACGGAUCCUAGGUUUGAUAUGUUAUGUGCUAGGAUUGUUAAGUAUUACUCAUUAAAACGGUUUGCAGAUAGUCGAAACAAGACUCUAGAGCAAUGGAACUCUGCUCAUGGUGGGUCUAUGUUCCAUUACUCUUCAGGUAUGCAAGCUGUGAUGCUGGCAUUGGGAGUAUGUGAUAGAGUUAGCCUUUUUGGGUUCGGGAAAUCAACUGAUGCAAAGCAUCAUUACCAUACAAAUCAAAAGGCGGAGCUCACCUUGCACGAUUACCUGGCUGAGUAUGAUUUUUAUAACGAUUUAGUCAAGAGGCCUCGCGUAGUACCAUUCAUCUCCAACAACUUCCACUUCCCUCCUGUGGUAAUCCAUCGAUGACAUUCACAUGUCUUUUGAAAGCUUCUAUCUCUAUUUUGUGGAUUUAAUUGAUUGUAACUUUUUUCCUCGUACCCAAAUCAUUUAGAAACAGAAACAGAAACAGAAAACAGUUUGAUGUUAAGACAAACUUGGCUUGAUACUGAAAACCCCAAGAGAAUUUUGUUGGGGUAAUACUUUGAUGUAAUUUAUAAUCUCUCCACGCUUCCAUGAGAGUGUCCAACUGUAUUUAGCUCAUGAUUUAUUAAACCCUUCUUCGGUAUCUCAAAUGUGCUCUUUUUGUUUUUCCGAUUCA